UUCAGCUACUGUACUGUAGGGGACAAGAAACAUCAGGCAACUAUGGCAGGUGUUUCUUUUGUACUUGUGUUUCUUUUCUGUCUUCUUUACAGAACUGAAGGAAAUGUUCCAGGUUGUUCUGGCCCUUAUGGCAGGAUAAUGGAUGUUCAAACUACAGGGGCUGGACUUAGAACUGCAAGAGCAGAAGGCCUGAAGGCUGGAGGAGUUCAAGCUUCAGCCAUUAUUGCAGAGAAAGAUCUGAAGAAUAUGAUCAAAUAUAGAACAAAGAUUAUAAAUGUCAGUAAAAAAACUGGCAUUGAUGCAGCUGUGAUUGCUGGUAUAAUCUCUCGAGAAUCUCAUGCUGGAACUGCCCUGAAGAAUGGCUGGGGUGACCAUGGAAAUGGAUUUGGCUUGAUGCAGGUUGAUAAAAGAUACCAUAAAUUAAUUGGUGCAUGGAAUAGUGAGGCUCAUAUUACUCAAGGUACUCAAAUUCUCUGCAACAUGAUUAAUGGCAUUGCUAAAAAAUUUCCAGGAUGGACCAAGGCACAGCAGCUCAAAGGUGGAAUUUCAGCCUACAAUGCAGGCAUUCGCAAUGUCCAAACCUAUGACAGAAUGGAUAUCGGCACAACAGGGAAUGAUUAUGCCAAUGAUGUUACUGCAAGAGCCCAAUUUUACAAGAAACACGGAUACAACUAAUGGUGUUAAUCUUCUGUUUGACCACUUUUUAAGAAGUAAUUUACAACAAUGUACAUCUAUCCAUAAGAAUACCCUUUCUCUUCCUUAAUUGUUUUACAGAAAAUGUAAAAAGCAUUUGUCUGGCAGCAGUUAUAUGCUUUAAAUGACUUCCAUAGUGGUGAUUUAAGUGGGUUCACUACUUAAAGAUUUUCAAAGUGGCACAAAUAUUAAUGUACUAGAAUAAAUUGGUUCCAAUUUUA